AUGUCAAGCAACUCUCUUCUGUAUUUCGAGAUUCAGAUGCCUAGAGUGUUGGCUAGGCUGAAGAGUGUUAUUUACCAUUUCAGAGAUAAUAGAGAAUUUCCUCGUCUAAGAAUUGGGAUUGGGAAGCCUCCCGGACAAAUGGAUCCUAAAGCAUUUUUGCUUCAAAAGUUUAAUGUAGCAGCUAGACAACGAAUUGACGAGGCUUUGCACGAGGGGGUAGAUGCGUUGAAGCUCCUUCUAUCUAAAGGUUUGGAAGUGAGUGCAAAAAGGUUCAACAAAGACCAAAAAUAUAAGCACUUAAGAGUGCAGACAUUACCAGUUUGUAUAUUAUGGGACGAAUCAGAAGAUAAUAAAGACUUGAUAAAAGCCAGCUGUUAUAGUAAACUCCGACCAUGA